AUGUCUACCGAACCUACCAAGGAGAAGGUCGCCGCCGCCCCCGAGGACGAGGAGCCCGAUGAGGAUAUGGAUGCCCUCAUCGCCGAUCUCGAGUCCGAGGAGGGUGACCCUCUCGAGGACGACGACGAGGUUGCCGAGGGUGCCUCCGCUCGCCCCGUUCCCGAGGAGCUCCUCCAGACCGACCCCCGCUACGGUCUCUCGUCUGACGAGGUCACCGCCCGGAGAAAAAAAUACGGUCUUAACCAGAUGAGUGAAGAGAAGGAGAACUUGAUCCUCAAGUUCUGCAUGUACUUCGUCGGUCCCAUUCAGUUCGUCAUGGAGGCUGCCGCUGUCUUGGCUGCUGGUCUCGAGGACUGGGUCGAUUUCGGUGUCAUUUGCGGUCUGCUUAUGCUUAACGCUGCCGUCGGUUUCGUCCAGGAGUUCCAGGCUGGUUCCAUUGUCGAGGAGUUGAAGAAGACCCUCGCUCUCAAGGCUACCGUCAUCCGUAACGGUGGCCUUGUUGAGGUCGAGGCCCCGGAGGUCGUUCCCGGUGAUAUCCUCCAGGUUGAUGAGGGUACCAUUAUCCCUGCCGAUGGUCGUCUCAUCACUGAGGACUGCUUCCUCCAGGUCGAUCAGUCUGCCAUCACCGGUGAGUCGCUCGCUGUCGACAAGCACAAGGGUGACAACUGCUAUGCUUCCUCUUCCGUCAAGCGUGGUGAGGCCUUCAUGGUCAUCACCGCCACUGGUGACAACACUUUCGUCGGUCGCGCUGCUGCCCUUGUCAACAAGGCUUCCGGUGGCCAGGGCCAUUUCACUGAGGUCUUGAACGGUAUUGGUACUAUUCUCUUGGUUCUCGUCAUUGCCACCCUCAUGGUUGUCUGGAUUGCCUCGUUCUACCGUACCGACCCUAUCGUCGAUAUCCUCCGCUUCACCCUCGGUAUCACUGUCAUUGGUGUCCCCGUCGGUCUUCCCGCUGUCGUUACCACCACCAUGGCUGUCGGUGCUGCCUACCUUGCUGAGAAGCAGGCUAUUGUCCAGAAGCUUUCCGCCAUUGAGUCCCUCGCUGGUGUCGAGAUUCUUUGCUCUGACAAGACCGGUACUUUGACCAAGAACAAGCUCUCCCUCUCUGAGCCCUACACCGUCGCCGGUGUCGAGCCUGAUGACCUUAUGCUUACUGCCUGUUUGGCCGCUGCCCGCAAGAAAAAGGGUCUUGAUGCUAUCGACAAGGCUUUCUUGAAGUCGCUCAAGUACUACCCCCGUGCCAAGUCUACUCUUACCAAGUACAAGGUUCUCGAGUUCCACCCCUUCGACCCUGUCUCCAAGAAGGUUACUGCUAUUGUCGAGUCUCCCGAUGGAGAGCGCAUUGUCUGUGUUAAGGGUGCUCCCCUUUUCGUCUUGAAGACCGUCGAGGAGGACCACCCUCUUCCCGAGGAGGUCCUUAACGACUACAAGAACAAGGUCGCUGAGUUUGCCACCCGUGGUUUCCGUUCGCUUGGUGUUGCUCGUCGCCGCGGUGAGGGCCACUGGGAGAUUCUCGGAAUCAUGCCUUGCAUGGACCCCCCUCGUCACGAUACCGCUAAGACUGUCAACGAGGCCAAGAACCUUGGUCUUUCCAUCAAGAUGUUGACUGGUGAUGCCGUCGGUAUUGCCCGUGAGACUUCUCGCCAGCUUGGUCUUGGUACCAACAUCUACAACGCCGAGCGCCUUGGUCUCGGUGGCGGCGGUGACAUGCCCGGCUCUGAGGUUUACGAUUUCGUCGAGGCCGCUGAUGGUUUCGCCGAGGUUUUCCCCCAGCACAAGUACAACGUCGUCGAGAUUCUCCAGCAGCGUGGUUACCUUGUUGCCAUGACUGGUGAUGGUGUUAACGAUGCUCCUUCGCUCAAGCGUGCCGAUACCGGUAUUGCCGUCGAGGGUGCUUCCGAUGCCGCCCGCUCUGCUGCCGAUAUCGUCUUCUUGGCUCCUGGUCUCUCUGCUAUCAUUGAUGCGCUCAAGACUUCCCGCCAGAUUUUCCACCGUAUGUACUCGUACGUUGUCUACCGUAUCGCUCUCUCGCUCCAUCUCGAGCUCUUCCUCGGUCUCUGGAUUGCUAUCCUCAACACUUCGCUCAACAUUGAGCUUAUUGUCUUUAUUGCCAUCUUUGCUGAUGUCGCCACUCUCGCUAUUGCUUAUGAUAACGCUCCUUACGCUCCCAAGCCCGUCAAGUGGAACUUGCCUCGUCUCUGGGGUAUGUCUGUUGUUCUCGGAAUCAUUCUUGCCAUCGGUACCUGGAUUACUCUUACCACCAUGUUCACUCACGGAAAGCAUGGCCGUGGUAUUAUCCAGAACUUUGGUGUCCGUGAUGAGGUUCUUUUCCUCCAGAUUUCGCUCACUGAGAACUGGCUUAUUUUCAUUACCCGUGCUUCCGGACCUUUCUGGUCGUCUGCUCCUUCGUGGCAGUUGGCUGGUGCUGUGUUCAUUGUCGAUGUCAUCUCCACGAUCUUCUGUGUUUUCGGAUGGUUCGUUGGUGGCCAGACUUCGAUUGUCGCUGUCGUCCGUGUCUGGAUUUUCUCGUUCGGUAUCUUCUGCAUUCUGGGUGGUGCCUACUACCUCAUGUCUGAGUCUGUCGGUUUCGACCGUCUGAUGAACGGCAAGGGUAUCAAGGAGAAGCCCAAGCAGCGAUCGCUCGAGGACUUCUUGGUCUCGAUGCAGCGCGUGUCGACUCAGCACGAGAAGGCCAACUAA